CUUCUUCUUCUCUCCGCAGAAAACCAGAUUAUUAGAAAACAAAACAAAGAAACUACGUACAGAAACCUUAACCCGACCAUGUUUGACUUUGACAAUCCAAAACUAAUAAUUCAUCGUCCUAUUCUUGUCUUGGUUCAUCAAUUACAGGACCUAAAAAGAUCUCUUUUCGCUUUUUUCUUUUGCGUCCCAACUUCUCUUCUCGCUCUUCUUCUUCUCUUCCUCUUGGCCUACAAUGGCGUUUCCGUUUUCUACAUCCACGUUCCUUUUCUCGCCAAAUUCCCGCCCCAACCAGCCAAUUUCUCGCGCCAAAAUCCCGUCCUAAAGUUUUCAUCAUCUUCUUCUUCGUCGAAGCUUUCUUCAUCGGUUAUGUACGUAGUGAGAGAAGAAAACUCGCCUAUGUUCUUGAAAACCCAUUUCCCAGCUUUCCAAAAUUACAACAACUUUCCGCUCAAACCUACGCCGAAACGCGUCUCCAAGUUUCGAAUAUCGAAACGGGUGAAGAAAACGAAACGGAAGGUUCGAAGGCUGAGCUCCGAAACGCAGAACCAAAACCAAUUCUUCACGGCGAGAUUAAGAGAGUUCUUCUUCGGUUCUAGAAAAUGCAAGCCUCGCUUCUUCAUGACAUGGAUUUCAUCGCUCGAUUCUUUCGGAGAAAGAGAGCUCUUCGCCGUCGAAAGCCUUUUCAAGUCCCACCCAAAUGCUUGUUUGGCUAUAGUCUCAAAAAUCAUGGAUUCCGAGAAGGGAAAUGUACUCCUAAAACCGUUUUCGGAUUCGGGUUUUAGAGUACUUGCUAUUUCUCCGGAUUACGAUUCUGUUUUAAAAAACACUCCUGCAGAAUCAUGGUUUAGCCGGUUGAGAAAAGGAAAUGUCAAUCCUGGCGAGAUUUCUCUUUGUCAAAACCUCUCAAAUUUACUCAGACUCGCUCUGUUAUACAAGUUUGGCGGUAUUUACACCGAUACCGAUAUGAUCUUUGUGAACAGUUUUUCAAAACUGAGAAACGUGAUCGGAGCUCAGACGGUGGAUUUAGAAACCGGGCAUUGGAGCAGAUUAAACAACGCCGUGUUGGUCUUCGACAAGAACCACCCAUUACUCUUGAUGUUCAUCAAAGAAUUUGCCCUCACGUUCGAUGGGAACAAGUGGGGUCACAAUGGUCCUUACUUGGUCUCGAGAGUUGUGAAAAGAUUGAGAGAAAACCCAGGCUUCAAUUUCACUGUUUUGCCUCCUCAUGCGUUUUAUCCGGUUGAUUGGAGCAGAAUUAGAAGCCUUUUUAGGAACGCUGGUGACGAGUUACACUCGAAAUGGAUGAUUGGAAAGAUGAAGCAUGUUCGUACCAAGAGUUUCGCUGUACAUCUUUGGAAUAGACAGAGCAAGAGACUAAAAGUUGAGGAGGGAAGCAUUAUUGAUCAUCUACAGAAAGAUUUUUGCAUUUUCUGUAAUUCUUCUAGUGUCUCUGGUUUGUGAGUAUAGACCAUAA